UCUUCUUGCGAGACUUGCAUAGUUUGACAAGUGCGGCAAGGUAAAAGUUUACGUUGGUUACAGGCGAAGGGUUUCUAAAAGCAGAUCGUUAUGCCGACUAUUUUGCGAGCCAAGUGUAUUGUUGUCGGGGAGUCUGGGGUUGGCAAGAGCAGCAUUUGCCAAGUGUUUCACAGUGAUGGAUCCAGCUUUCCAAAAAAUUAUUCCAUGAAUGCAGGGGUGGAGCUGCUCGUGAAGUCCGUCAAUAUCCCCGACUCUCAUGACAGUGUGGAAAUAUUCAUGUUUGAUUCAGCUGGUAAAGAAAUAUUCUCAGAAGCAGUCAAGAAAUUUUGGCAGAACCCGUCCAUGGUGAUGGUUGUGUAUGACGUGACCAGCGAGACCUCCUUCUCCAGCUGUGAAAAGUGGUUACAGAGGGUUCGCUCCCAGUUUCCAGAUGUGGAACUACCAGGUGUGCUGAUUGCCAACAAAGUGGACCUUGACCAGAGGCGAGUGGUCAGCCCCAAGGCAGGGAAAGACCUGGCCACAUCCCAUCAGCUGGAGUACUUCGAAUGUUCAUCUAAGGAGAUUCAGAAUGUGGACACGCCCUUCUUCUACCUGGCUGCGGAGUACCACAAACUGUACGAGGAGAGAGUACAGCUGUUCCAGUCCAUAGCAUAAGCACGAAGAGGGGUGGGUGGUUGGAUGGGAUUGGUGGUGUAAAGGGGUGGGCGGU